GCGCAGUGCAGGGAACCAGGCGCCUGCGCGCUGGGGGGGCUGUUUUGGCGGGCGGCGGGCGUUGCGCAGAAGCGGCCUCUGCUCCGAGGGCCUGCAAGAAGGGGGAGUCGGUGCCGUGCCGGACCCGCUUCGUACCCAGGAAUUGGGUGGCCUUGGUGCAUUAGGUGGAACUUCCUGCGCUAUGGGAAAGAAAACCAAGAGGACAGCAGAUAGUUCGUCCUCUGAAGAUGAGGAGGAGUAUGUUGUGGAGAAGGUGCUAGACAGGCGUGUUGUGAAGGGUCAAGUGGAGUAUCUUCUCAAGUGGAAAGGAUUCUCUGAGGAACACAACACUUGGGAACCCGAGAAGAAUCUGGACUGCCCCGAGCUGAUUUCUGAGUUUAUGAAAAAAUAUAAAAAAAUGAAGGAGGGUGAGAACAAUAAAUCAAGAGAGAAAUCCGAAAGCACAAAGAGGAAAUCCAGCCUCUCCAACAGCGCCGAGGACAUCAAAACCAAAAAGAAGAGGGAGAGCAACGAUAUUGCCAGGGGCUUUGAAAGAGGAUUAGAGCCAGAAAAGAUCAUCGGUGCCACAGACUCCUGUGGAGAUUUAAUGUUCUUAAUGAAAUGGAAAGACACAGAUGAAGCAGACCUGGUCCUAGCAAAGGAAGCCAAUGUGAAAUGCCCGCAGAUUGUGAUAGCGUUUUAUGAGGAGAGACUGACCUGGCACGCGUAUCCAGAGGACACGGAAAACAAAGAGAGAGAAGCAGCGAAAAGCUAAAGCGCCAUCCUGGGCCAUCCUUAGCUGUACAUACACAUCCCCCCGACCUGACCACAUCCAUUGAAAUGUGCUUAUUACUGUGCUCCCAGGAGAAACCUUGUUAUUGGUUCAGUCAUAACAUAAAUGGUUUGCUUCAUGUUCAGCUUCAUCUCUAGUGAAACCCACAAGAUUUAUGUGCUGUGUGUCCUGUCUCCUCCUCCCCCGCCCUCCAGAAAACGGUUUUGACUUGUCACGUCCUCUUAGAGUCUCCAGGGGUUUAUAGAGUUGUUGGUUCCCUUUGGUUUGGUCCCUUUUUGCCCCUUUAAAUGCCAAGAGUGGCAGCGAUGCCCUUUCUAAACAGAACUAAUUGGAGUUCCCCUGUCCAGGUACACAAAUGGCUGUUGGCUGGGAAAGUGAGAGGAGCUAUCUGCAUUUGGGAAGUCCCUCCUGCUAGUGCUACAAAGGGCAACAUCCUGAGAUGGUCAAUGUGGCCUUGCUAUGCUGGGCCUGUGUGUUGUUAUAUAACUGGUAACGUCCUGUUGGGACUGUGCAUCUGGACUCCGUCCCAAGGGACAUCCGUUGUCCUGGGUUGUGAUGCCUUCCAGUCUGUCUCGUGCCUAGGAUGGUUUCCAGGCGAGCUGUGUUCUCUUUGCAAGCCCAGCCUGCAUUAGUAUUGGUUCCCAGACGCAGAGCGAGCCCCCUUUCUCUAGGAGGAGUCUAAUGUGUGGGAGGUGGGGAAAGCAGAGCCUUCUUAACUUUAAAUGCGAUUGUUUAUCCCCUGUCAGGUGCAGGUGGAGGCCUGCCACUGCUUCUGUAUGAUCUUAUGCAGUAUGUAUGUAUACAUUCGUUUCUCAUUUGGGCUGUGUAUUUCCGUAGGUGUGAGUGUAUCAGGUGGCCUUGCUUUGUGCCAAGGCGCCUGAUCCAUUUCAGUCAUUGGCUGUUGCUUCAAAGGCCACAAGCAUUGUGUUACCAAAGUGGCUUUCCGCUUGAGGGCCUCUCCUCCCCUCCCGCAUGAGCUCUGUCUUGGAAACGUGGAGAGCUGAUCUGGUCUGGUGUGCACAGCACUUCUCCCUGGAACAUAUGCCCCAGGCUCUAGGACCUGCCAGUGGAGCAGAGAGGGCAUUGCUAUUUCCCGGGAUGAGUGCUCGUUUUGCAAGGCAUGGGUAUCUGGGACAGUCACUCUGUUGCCCAAGAGAGCUGGCAGCCGAGUAAGAUGGAGCAGAACUGAGCUGCUACAGCAUUAGGCACUGCUUUCAGGGUUCCUUUUUCCUUUCCCUCCCUGAGUAUGGUGAGGCCAGAGUGGAGAACUGCCCCCUUUUGCUUUCCAGCAUCAUGUACGCUCUUCAUGCUGAUCCUAUGUACUGUGUAGUUUAGCUGGACUUGGGCUCUCUUGCCUGUGGCGAUCUCCUUGCCCGCAGAAACUGACGGAUGUCUUAGGCUCCCCCCUACUAAUGGUGCAAACAGAGUCCUCCUUGAUGACUAGAAGUAAUAAAAUUACGGUAUUGUGGUAUUGACACUGGUUUCUGGGUUGACUCGUUCCCCAUGCAAAGCUCCUGCGAGAAUGAGAGCUAGUUGGUUUUGUGGCCUUCAUUGUGGCUUGAAAAGGCUUAUUGCAUAAAGUGGAGACCUGCAAGUGGAUGAAUUGGAAAGGGGUUGUGGGUUCAUUCUCUGGAAUGAAAAUAUCAUUGUUGCAUCCUGACUUUCCCCAAUCCAAAGGCCUGGUCCUGUUCUUGUUUAUCUUCCCUCAUUCCCACCCCUUUGCUACCCUUAUUCUCUCCCUUUAUAGUGAGCUUGGAAAUCUUGAAUGGCAUUGGGGGAUAUCUGCAGACUGGGUGCAGAGGGAGUUUUAUCAGUGGUGACUCCCUUCCUGGCCCUUGGACUCUGGUUAGUUCUGUGCCGUGGGCACAGAGUUUUGCUUGUUCUGAUUUUCUAGAGCACGUGACGCAGUUUGUUCUCAGCCUCUUUGUCUGUCUCUCUUCUGAGCACAAGCUCGCUUAGUAUAAUGUUCGCACUGUUGAAUGAAUUCUGCUUGCAAGCGGCUCAGAUGCUGUGGGAGAAAUCCAGGCACCCUAGAAAUCAAUGGCAGAGCUCUGAUUGACUUCCGUGGGACCCGGAUUUCACUCUGUCUCUCUAACAUGACUUCUAGUUGAGCGCAUAUCACUACAUGGUAUUCCCGCUUCACUGACGCACCUGCUAUCGUCUCCCAUGCCUUUUGGAGGUGUGUGCCAGCAAAGGGUUAGCAUGGCCAUUGCUUCAAGCGGCAUACUCAAUACAUCAUUACUUUUGAAAGUUCCCAUUGGCAGGGUCAGUAUUUCUAGUUACAUCAUCCUGGCUGGUGUUGAGAGUGAUCUGAAAUAAAAGAAAAUCUGCCUUCUGAGCUGCACUGCCAAGCAGGCCAGCGAAGCUGCAGCUGCCAGCACACUGAGUAGAAAUGCUGAUGUGCCUAAUGCUGCACGCUUCUUAGAUACGCUGGGAAGUGCUCCUGGCCCUGGGACCCUUCGAAGUCUUCUGCUUGGCAGCAUUCCUGGCAUCUCGGUAGCUGACUUUGCUCAUUAUUAAGCGCCUGUGGUCUUACAGCCAAUAACUGGGGGGCUUGCACAGGUAUCUCUGGCACCAGCACAAUCCACAGAGAUUGAGUGUGUUUUUAUGGGGUUAUGACACUUUUUAAUUUGGUUUGAAUGACCUUGGGCUAGUCAGAGCGAGCUCCCAGAGCCAGGGCAUGUGGUGAUGGAGCUUUGGGAGGAGUUUGGGAAGUCCCCGUCAUUCUGACUUGGUUAGGAUUUGCGUAGGUUUAGGGCUAAGCCUGAUGCAUCUGUUUUUUGGAUCUGAGCUGGGUUGCAUGGGCUCAUUGCGCUGUAGCAUGUUAUUAAACGUUGAUGCUAGUACGUGAAUUGCUGUAGUUGGUAGUUGGUACAAUAGGUAAUGGCAGCAGCUGGCUACCUUCCAACUGCAUUAGUUUAGGGCUUCCCCACCUGUAAUGUGGGGGGAGGUGGGGAUAUUGAAGGAAGCUUUUACAGGGCUGGAUGCAAGAGCAUAGCUGGCUGCAGUCUGUACCACUUGGUGCGCUGAUUUCAGGUAUUGGCUCAGGUAUAGAAAAGGCUGCUGGCAUGUCAACCUGUGGCUGCCGCUUCUUCUCUGGCCCCCAUUUCCCCAGCAUCACAAGCUCCUUGUUCUUCCCUUUCCUCUCCAGCCGUUCCAGCAGGCAGACUUGCUGCUGUUGCUUUAUCCCUGCCUCUUCAUGGAUUUCUUUUCUCUGAAGGCAGUCAGCCAGCCUGCCCGUGAUUCGCUGGAGUCUUGAUUCUUGCCAACUCUGUUCUCCUCUUCCUCUCCCCACAGCCUCCAGCCUCCUACAGACCUCUGCACCAAACUCAGAGGGAGCAAGGCAGCUGCUCUACAGCAGUGCUUCUCAAUCGGGUACAUGAACCCCUGGGGUACGCAGAGGUCUCCCAGGGGGUAAGUCAACUCGAGAUUUGCCUGGUUUUACAACAGGCUACAUAAAAAGCAUUAGCGAAGUCAGUACGAACUAAAAUUUCAUACAGACAAUGACUUGUUUAUACGGCUCUAUAUCCUAGAUCCGUGUUUCUAAGCCUGGGCGUGACAGGAUGGGUUAUGGGGGAUUGCAAGUGCAGGGCUGGCAUUACGGGGGUGGCAAGCAAGAGAGCUGCGAAACAGACAUGCUGAAGCCAAAGCAUGAGUCCCGCCGCCUGGGGCUGAAAGCAGACCUUUGGAAGGGGUACAGUAGUCUGGAAAGGUUGAGAACCACUGCAGGAGUUGCAAGUUAAGAUGGCUUAAUGCUCCUUCUGUGCCUCACUGUCUGCUGCAGAUGGGAGUGGAUAAGUGCGUGGGAGUGGAUGAGCCUCCUGGCGAUCUCUGAGCCAGUGUGAAAUGCUAUAGAACACAG